AUGUCCAACAACGAUAUCCGCAACAUCGUCAUCCUGGGGGCAACCGGCCCCAUCGGUAUCGAGAUCACCAAAGCCCUCUUAGUCGCCGGCUCCCCCUUCGAGAUAACCGCCGUCCGACGGGUGAAUGCCUCCACCCCAUGGCCAUUUCCACCCAACCCUCACCUCCAGGAGAUAACGGUGGAUUAUACCUCCACGACAUCUCUCAAACAAGCCUUCCUUGACCAGCACGCCAUUAUCGAAGCAUUUAACCCCAGUACCACAAUUCAUCAAGAGCGGAUCAUCCAGGCUGCGAUCAAAACGCCCACAAUCAAACACAUCAUCACUCCAGAUUUCAGUAGCGAUACAUUUCACCAGAACGCCGAGGAGCUGCUCAUAUUCGAGCCGAAGAUAAGAGCUCAGCGUAUCCUUGAGGGACUAAUAGGUCAAAGAGAUGACCUGCACUGGACGGCGAUCAUCACGGGCCCGUUCUUUGAUUGGGCAAUACCCAAGAACCUCUUCUGGAUAUCCCCCACCACCCACAAAGUCACCAUCUUCGGAUCCGGAAACCAACGCAUCAGCAUGUCCAAACUCGAUAUGGUCGGACGAGCGACACUAGCAGUCUUAACUACCCCAGAAAACUACCUAGACAGACCAGCCUACUUCGCAGACUACACAAUCAGCUCAAACGAGGUACUGAGCAUGUUAAAUGAAACCCAUGUUGACGGGCAACCCUGGACAGUUAACGCCAUUGCACUAGACGGAUGGCUCAAAACAGCCACACAGCUCUGGGAGAAAGAUACGGCCGAUGGAGUCGAGGAUCGGCUGAAUAGUACUGCGUAUCGGAUGUUAGGCACAUACGGGCUCUUUGAUGAGGAGAAUCAGUACGGGGCGGAUUUUAGUGAUAGGGUGGAGGCUAGGUUUGGGAUGGGGAGAGAGGAGUUUGUGGAAGUUUUGCGAAGCGUGGUAGGUUAA